AUGAAGAUAAGCUUACUCUAGAAUCUUCUAACUCAACCAGCGUAGUUAACAAUACAAAACCCUCUCUCUCUUAUACUACAUAAUAUGCUUUGACGCUUCAGCUUCUCCCAUCAUCAAAUGAAAAUCAAACUCACUGUAUAAACCAAUAUAAACCAAGCUUUGUACAGUUACAUCUAUCUUCUAGUAGAACGAACGAACGAACGGAUCGUUGAUCUUUGAAAUUGAACUUCAGGAAUCAAGAUCGGAGAUCAUCGGAUUCGGAUUCAGAUUCAGCUAACAUGGGCGGAGUUGGAGCAGCAGCACCGAAUUCGGAGGUUCAAUACACCACGGCCAAGAUAUCUGUAUGGUGGGAUAUAGAAAACUGUCACGUUCCCAAGGGUUUCGAUCCUCACCAAAUCGCACAGAAUAUCAGUUCAGCGCUUGUGAGGAUGAACUUCUGCGGUCCCGUUUCGAUCUCUUCUUACGGCGAUACGACUAGAAUUCCUGCGUCGGUGCAGCAUGCUCUCUCCAGCACCGGAAUUUCCCUCAAUCAUGUUCCUGCUGGUGUGAAAGAUGCAAGUGAUAAGAAGAUCCUUGUCGACAUGCUGUUUUGGGCAGUGGACAACCCUGCACCUGCAAAUUAUUUAUUGAUUUCAGGUGAUCGAGAUUUCUCUAACGCCCUCCAUCAAUUGCGAAUGAGGAGGUAUAAUAUUCUUCUUGCACAACCUCAAAAAGCAUCUGCUCCCCUAGUCGCAGCUGCUAAGAACGUAUGGCUUUGGACUAGUCUCUUAUCUGGAGGACCUCCAUUAUCUAAUGGAGAAUCACAACAGCUUGGUAAUAGUAGCCUCCUAUCAUCUUCUGAAACUUUACAAGUUCCUGUUUCAAAUGCCCCUCAGACACAACAACAAGGGGGUCCCUACUCUGAGGUUCAUCCUGGAAAUUCAAAAUUUCAAAAUGGAGGAAGGGGAUUUGAUUCUAGAUAUCAGGGGAGACCGAAUUGGAGAAACCCAAAUCAACCAAAUGGGUCCAAAGCCAUGAGUCCACCCCCAGUUGGUCCUCAAGAUAACCGUAAUAACGUAAACAAUUAUCGACCAGGCAACUAUAAUCCAAAUGUUCCUCAUAGCGGAUCCGCCACAAAUUUUGUCCGCCCCAAUUCUGAUCAGUUAUGGAGCAAUAAUGGUAAUCAACAUCCUUAUUCGCAACCAUUAAGACCGAACGACUUUCCAUUGCAGCCUCCUUUUGCACCUAGUAAUUCAUUUCCUCCAAAUUCCCAUACUUUUGCAACUACACCGGUGCCACCUAGGACAAGUGGCCCCAAUUUUGGUACAGGAUCAAAUACAUCUAUGCCAAAUAUUGGUAAUCUGAACAUUUCAGGUCAUCCUAAUAAUGCUCAUAACCCCCGUACUGUUCCGCAACGGAAUGGAGAGAUGAAACCUAAUCCUAAGGGUAGUGCUCCACUUCUGGUAAGAUCAACGAAUGAACAAAAUGGACAUAUGGUGCAUAGCAGUAGCACGCAAGGCUAUCCACAUGGUCCAGAAUAUCAACCUACAUCGUCGGCAGCAAUGGGUAAUAAUAAUAAACUUCCUGCUAAUGGUAAGUGGGGAUCUUCAGGAAUUUCUAAACCUUCUGAAUAUGUACAAGGCCUUAUAGGGGUUGUAUUACUUGCCCUUAACUCACUAAAAAAUGCCAAGAUGAUGCCAACUGAGAAAAAUAUAACUGAUAGCAUCCGUUAUGGAGAUCCCAAGCAUCGCAACACUGAUGUUAAGAAGGCUCUGGAGAGUGCAAUUGAGCAGCAGAUGGUGGUGAAACAGAAUUUAGGUACUCUGACGCUGUAUGUUGGUAAGAAUGAUAAACUUUGGAAAUGUGUAAAUCCUUUAGGUGGAAAUCCUAAACAGCACUCAAAAGAAAUUUGGGAUGAAAUUCAAAAUUUUUUAACAACCCCUGCUGGAAAAUCAGCAAUAAUGGCUACACAGUGCAAGUAUGAAGCAGGUAUGCUGAUAAAGAACAUGUGCUUUAAAGAUCUUGCUCUGGGCGACGUCCUUCAGAUAUUGAAUAUGUUGAUUCUCCAUAAAAAAUGGAUAGUUCAUCAGCAGUCUGGCUGGCAACCACUCAUCCUUACUCUUCCUGAGUCAAAUCUUGAUUCAGCAGGGGUCACCGCUGGUGCAUAACCGCACACCGAUUAUGGUAAUAGAAUCUUGAACGGCAGCCAGAGAAAACUUAUAAAAGUCAUUGAAUAUAUCCCGAGCCAAUUGGAUCAGUAAUUACUUGAAUAAUUCUCGUUUUUCUCGUAUGAAUCAAACCAUAGGUAGUAAUGUUGAACACUAGUAUUCCAGUAUCAUUAGUAUAUUUUUUUUUUUAUCAAAGCCUUCACUUCGUCUUGGGAGAUAAGUAAAAACAGAAAUAUUAAAACAGCAUUUUGACGAUCCCCGAAAAUACCAAAUACUACAGUUUGGUGUGGUUGCUGAGGUUUCUACUAUGUCCUGCAAUAUAUCACAGUGGAUCUAUCUUGGAAUUACUUUUCGUUCGCGUGUCUAAAGCUUCUGCUCAACUUCAGUCUUCCUACAAAUAUUGCAAGGAGAUUUCCUUAUUGAACUGAGUUACUUGGUUCCUUUUAGUGGUAUAUUUGAUAUAUGUUCGAGAUAUUAGCUAGAUUCUUUUUUCCGGAAGUGAUAUGGACUUUCAAUCUAGCUCGGUAACCAACAUUGGUGCUGUUUGUUUAUCAUUUAAGAACUUCCAAGUCCGAUUCUCCAGUGGAUUUGUGUAAUGGAAAUCCAAAAUCUUUUUCAUAUGAAGUUUCAAAGUUGCAGGAAGGUUAAUUACUGAAAAGAGAACACUAAACAAAAUUGGAACUGCACUCAAACUCCUACAUGAAGCUCUUAAUUUGUUACCUGAACACAAAUACAAGGUAUGUUUAUUAUGAUGGAAUUUGAUUAUGAGAAAUCACAUUUAUACAAUUUUCAACAUGAUUCAAAGAUAGUGAAAUAGUGCAUCUCAUUGCACGUCUUGUUGCUGAUGGUACUCAUACGAUGUUGAAUUUUGUGUGAAAUUGGCUUUUGGAUGUCUGGCUCAAUAUGCUGAAUUAGUUGAUUCAGUCGCGAAUUGAUCUCUGGUCUUUCUGCUUUCUAUUGCCUUUUAAUGUUGGUAACUGCAUGUAUAAUCCGCAUUUAAAUUUGCUUUGUACUUGUAUAAGUUGUUUAAUGUUUUUUAUUUUCGCUUUUAUUUUGGUAUUGGGAAUAUCUUUUUAAAUGUACUCGGAACUAAAACAUCGAUCAAUUUGUUUGAUCUGAUUUGUAAUCAAAACAUUGUUAUUACCAGUUUUCUCUA